GAAGAGGAAGCUAAUAGAGAGGAUAGGGGAAACAACAACCCUGAAGAAACAGAAGCAGGGCAAAAGCAGCCAAGAGUUGUCACUGAUUCAGAGGAUGAAGAUGAGCCCAGUUCAAAGCAAGCCAAAACUGUUGAUUCCAGUAAAUUUCCCUGGACACAAAGACAGUCAACAGCACUUGCCUCUUUACCUCCAGAUAUCAGAGAAACAUAUCAGCAACUCAAAAACUUCGCUGCUGACCCAAAGAGUGUCAUUAAUGACAUCCUAUCCACUCCAGGGUGUCCACCCUUCCCACCUAGUGAAUGGCUCAAUGUUGUCCAAUAG